AUGGGUGCAGAGACUGAGCAAAAGACGCAAGACACGGAUGCGGAUGAGUACCUUGCUUUCCUCACGCUACAACCACUAUCCUCUCCUAUCGAUGGGUUUGGCUCACCGAGCGUUCCCCACCCACUACCACCUUCCGAUCGCACGCUUCGAUCGCAAUCUGUGCGCACGUCACCGCGCCUGCAACUGGUCUCGUCUAACAUGCUCAGCCAAGGCCGAACCACUCGGAGCGGCAGCAUCAUACCCAUGGGGCCGUCAACGGCCGGACUGGAAGAGGUCGACGAACUGGAUGAGUUCGAUGAUCAGUUGCCAGCGGAUUUAGACUACCGAGUCUCGAUCGUAUCAGUUGAGGUGUGCGACAUGCUGGAAGCGGAAAGUCUUCGUAUGUCUAGUCGGCGCCGGGACCAGAUGACUGUCGCGAACAGCAAAAACGUCGCCGGCAGCAUCGGCGGCGGCAAUGGGCACGCCUCAGUAUCAUCACACAAGAGACCCCGCCCGACUUUUGGAGGCAGCAACAGACGCGCCGAUGUGAUCGACCUUCGAGAGAUCUCACCGCCUCCAUCGUCUCAGCCGGACAAACGAGCCAAGAAGAUUCACGGUCCUGCCAAUGCCGACGGUUGCAUCAAUUCCGAACACGGAUGGGACAAAGACGUGCUAGCCGACAGCGCAGCAGUGGGUGCAGCUUUAUCUUCUGAGCUGGCGAAUAGCGCUGCUCCACGUCAAUCGCAGCCGUCGCUUUGCGCCAUUCGAGUUGAAACAACCAAUGGCAACGAAGCCGAAGUGAUUCCUUCAACGCAGCCUCUAAGCAAGCACAGCAGCAGCUCAGCCGAUACUACUCGCAGUGACAAUGACAACAGCAACAGCAGUGACGACGACGUAGUGCUCGUAGCAGAAUCCCAGACGAUCAAGACAUUUGGGCCGUCAGCAAAUGUGAUCGCAGCCAUCAGCAAGGCGGAGCAGGCAGUGGCAGAGUUGAAGGAGACGUAUGCAGGCGAGAUGGCAAGGAUUCGAGUAGAACUUGUCGAGCGAGACGUUCUGAUCGACGGGUUGCGGGCUCGAUUCCGUAAGCAAAUGUCAAAGUGA